AAAAACAGUAAUACACAGUAGUGGACUUUGAUUAAUAGGUGUUUUUGCUUUGUCAAAAUGAAUUUUUAUGUUGUAUUUUCAUUAUCAGCUAUAUUAUUCAGUUACACAACAGCCAAAGACAAGGUGGUUAUUUGUUACCAUGGCACCUGGGCUACAUACAGACCGAGCUUGGGUAAAUUUGAUGUGACGAACAUAAAUACAAAUCUAUGUACACAUAUUGUGUACGGAUUUAUGGGUAUAAAUGCAAAAGGUACAGUCGUUUCUUUGGACGCCUAUUUAGAUUAUCCUGAAAACUGGGGUCGUGACAAUUUGAGAAAAUUUACAUUACUCAAAAGGACUAAUCCAAAAUUAAAAGCUCUUUUGGCUGUCGGUGGUUGGAAUGAAGGUUCAGCGAAAUAUUCUAAUAUGGCUUCAAAACCGAGUCUGCGGAAAAAUUUCAUCACUAGCGCUAUACGAAUAAUUCAGAAAUAUGGUUUUGAUGGCCUUGAUAUCGACUGGGAGUACCCAAAUGCUCGAGAUAGCGUCCACGGGGAAGCUGAUAUUGAUAACUUUACCCAACUCCUAAAAGAGUUGAGAGUGGAAUUUGAUAAAAAUGAUCUCAUAUUGAGCGCGGCCGUUGCUGCUGUUACUAACACUGCUGCAUCAUCCUACGACAUAAAAGGAAUCAGUCAGUAUCUGAAUUUUGUGAAUGUAAUGGCGUAUGACAUAAACAAUCCUACAGAUAAUGCGACUGGUCACAAUGCUCCUGUACAUGGAAAUGAGAAUAAUCUUCAAGCUAUUGAUGUCAUUUUAAAAUAUUGGAUUGGGCAAGGAUGUCCCCCAGAAAAGUUGGUGUUAGGGUUGCCUUUUUACGGUCAUAGUUAUGAGCUAGCAGAUCGUGAACACUUUGAUGUCGGAGAUUCUUCCACUGGCCCUGGGAUUGCAGGUCCUUACACGAGUCUGAAAGGAAUGUUGGGAUAUAAUGAAUUGUGCGAAAAGUUUGAAAGGGAGCUUUGGAACAUUUAUUAUGACGAUAUCUCGAAAGUGCCUUAUGCGGUACAAGGACGGAAUUGGAUUUCGUUUGACGACAUUGAUUCUUUGACUAUUAAAAUAGAAUAUGCCUUAAAAUUCAACAUAUCAGGUGCUAUGAUCUGGUCUAUAGAAACCGAUGAUUUUCGUGGAACUUGUUCAGACGGUAAAUAUCCAUUGUUGCGAGCUGUAAACAGGGCCCUGAAUAAAUCUGAAGCUUAAACAUCUGGAUUUCUACCUGGAUUGGGUAUUUAGUGAAAUAAAAAAGUAGAUUUUUUUAUGACGGAUUUAGUAUAAUUUUAUAAUUUUUUGACAAGAGUUUGUUUGCGCUGCUGUGGGCUAUCAUGCUGACCCAAAAAGCUGUACGUCCUAUUACUUUUGCAUGUACGAUGCUGGUAAUAAAUUAGUAGCGAAGCUGUUCAGUUGUCCCUCAAAUCUUGUAUGGGAUCAAAAGAAACAAUACUGUGAUUAUCUUAAUAACGAGAAUUGUAAAGUAUGAUAUAUUUGUUAUUUUAUUAAAAUUUAUUAUUACUUUUAUUUUUAAAA